AUGAACGGAGGCACGGCGAGCGCCCAGAUGGAAUGUGUUUCCGACAUCAGCAAGCACUUGACAGACGGGGAUUUUGCUAAAGCCGAACGUAUCUUCAACAGGCUUGUUAGAAACGGAGCCUCUGGACUACAAAGUCGUUAUACAACCAAUGUAGAUAUUGAGACGUCGCAAAUAAUCCCUGCCAGGCCACAGCCGAGAGACCAAGAUGGAGAGAUAGUCAGCGAUCCAGCAUCCGAGGCUAUGAGAGCUGCUGAUGCACUCGACUUCCAGACUGCCUCUUUGCAACCCAAUAAUGAGAUUGAUCUUACGAAUACAACUCGGUCCCGAAGCACGAGUGUACCACCUUAUCGGGCGGUCGACGACUUUCAAAACGCAACCCCUUUCUAUGUCUUCGGGGCUCGCAAAUGGCAGAGGAGGAAUACUCACAACUCGGAUUCCUCCCAGACUCCUCGUCGCAGCCAUACCACCGCGGAUUUACGAAAGACUACUCAGCGGGUCUUGGAGCCGGCCGGGUCGCGAACGAAGGAACCGGACAACCAACCUGGAUCUCCAUAUAGUCCGGAAGAGGAGCGUCGUAAAAGCAAACCGUCCCCUGCGAGUUUGGACUUGAGUAGCCCGCGAUCUUUCAAGCUUGAGUCGAUCCCAAACACACCAUCGAUAUGCGAAGCAUUUGCCGUCCAAGUUCGGCCCCCUGCCACGACCACUUCCCAUAAGAAGAUUAAGCCUGUUGAUCGAAUCUACUCCAGCGCCAUACGCAACCAAGACAUUCUACUAUGUAGUUUUCCAGAGCCGCCCCGGUCGAGACCGCAAAGUCUAGAUGUAAGCCAAGGGGUCCGCCAGGACAAAUUAACGCCCCGAUCCAAGUUCACGACCGAAAUCCCUAGACCUACUUUCAGCACGCCAAAGAGGUCUAUAGUUAGACGCAACCCACCUUCUCCUCUUAGGCUUCAGAAAGUAUCGCUACGACCAAUGACUUACGUCGAUCGCGGUACAAAUCCAAGGAAUAGUUAUGUGGAUAGGGGUACGACUACGGAGUCGGAACUAACCGGUAGGAUUUCCAAGUCUGAUACAAGAGAUUCCAUAUCUCUCUAUAUUGAAACUCCUGCCGAAGCCGACCCCCAUGAGACUUACGAGCCAAUUUUACCUAUGGUCGAAAACCUAGUGAUAUUCUUCAAGUCUGAGAAGAGUGAUCCUCGGCUGGAGGCAACGAUUCAAUCUUUCCGAGAGGGCAAAUACCCCAUGUCUAAAUCGCCAUCAGAACCUGAAGCAGAAAGGAUCAGCCAGCAAUCAAGUCUUUCAAGUCAACAAGACUUAGAAUCUACGACCUCUGACAACAAGAGACAUAGCCAUGUUCAACAUGAAGAAGCUGUACCGGCUUGUCACGCAGACUCCGAUGACUACGACCCCUUCGCGUACGAGAAAUACCCCCAGCCAUCGCGCACCUGGCCCUUCAAACCAGACGUAAGCAACCAUAGACCCUCCACCCCACCAACACCCGCCCAAACACCGCCCCUAGCCAUGGGAAACCCAGAGAAGCACUUCCACGACUUCACAACGACAAACUGCCGAACAGCAGUGUGCAUGCAGAACUCGCUCCGCUCCAUCCUCAACAUCUACUUCCCGCCCGAGGACGCCGGCUACCACCAGUUCAACUUCCCGCUGCUGCCCGAGCUCAGCAGCCUCUGGAAGCCGGUGUUCCGGGAAGCAGACGCGGGCACGGUUGUGCAGCAGCAGCAGCAGCGGAGGCGCAAAGUCGACCUCAUCCUGGGUAUUGGGGCGCAGCAGGGCGUCGACAGGGAGUUCCUCGGGGCGAUUAGCGGGUCGUUGGAGAAGCUGGGCACGAAGCCGAACGGUGUUAGUCGGAGCGGGAGUGAGACCCUUGAUGAAGUUCCUCAUCGCAAACGCCAUGCAAGCUUUCACCGCACAGCCCCUAACCAACCAAACCCAGGACAACCCCUUUUCCAACCCCCUCCUCCUAGCCACGCUGAUCAUCCCCCACCUCGAGACGUACAUGGCCGCGCACUCCGCAACGCGGUUCCUCCUCCUCGAGUACCCCCCCGAGCACCUAUCCACCGUGCUAGCCCUCCAGCGCUUAGUCGGCGUCGACCUGCUCAAAGUAGCCGGGAUCCUGCACUCGGCAGCCACCUCGCCGCAACCAUACCCCGGCUUCAAAGUGCCGCCCGGACGGCCGCGCACCCGCGCACCGACUCGGGGCCCGGCAUCCUGCGCAGCACCACGCGAUCCGGGGCCACGCUCCUGGCCCCAACCCCGACGCGCGCCAAGCGCCGCGAGACCCCUUCGUUUGCCAAGGCUAAUUUCCUGCUGACGUCCUCGGCGAACGAGUCCGAGAUCGCGACGCUGAUCUCAACGAUCUGGAAGAUCCUGAUCGACAUCUCGGCGUUCUACAUCCCGGAGGGCAUGGCGGCGGUGUCGUCGAGGGCUUCGAUGCAUGCCGAUCGGGAUGCUAAGAGGGAUGCGAACUCGCAUAGUCAAGGGAGGCCGUUGGCUCAGACGCCGUUGAUAAAUACUUCGCAGCAGCCUGCUUCGCUGACUAGUGCCUCGGCUAUUAUGGGGUUUCGGCGGCAGUGUAUUGGUGGUGAUGAUGAUGCUGCGGCGGAGUACAACUCAUCCCAGCGGAACAAGCUCCGGAAUAUCCUGGGCCGGGAGCCAGAUACCCACGGCGGUGUAGACGAGGAUAAAGACGAGGUAUGGGACUGGGAAUCCUGCUGGGACGAAGAGGACGCGCGGCUCGCGGCCGAAGCGCGCAAGUACAUGCCGCUGUACGGGCGGCGCGGGGGGCCGCGCAAGGGGAGUAGUCGGAAGGCGUUGAAGUGGCUCGGGUUAGCUACAUGA